CCCAGCGCUAUAGGGAAUCGCUUUAUAACUUGGGAGGGAGGUGGAGCGUCGCUUGGGUAGCUUAGCAACUCGAGCUUGAUCGACGUUACCGUUUUCCCAAUCGGAGACGGCAGCUGUCUGCCCAGUCACGCCUUCCACCCCGUAUUGGCCAAUGGCAAGUUAGGAGGCGCGGUUUGCAGAGUACGCGUGCAGCAUUGUACCGCCUCCUCCUUCUCCUUCUAGCAUAGUAGUAGUAUCCUGCUGUACGGAGCUGAGUGAGGAAGGAUACCGGGCAGGCUAAGUACAAUAGACGGUGACGGGGGAGAGAGAGAGAGCCUAUUCCUUGGGAAGGUGACAACCGCUGGAUGAGAAAGUGGCUAUAAACGAAACCUCCAUGAUGGUGCUCGUGCACCAAGAGAGUAUGAAUGUCCUGGUGGGACAGAAGUUUGUCUGUGUGUUGGGGGACGAUCCAACGCUUGAGGUCGAUGAUGUAGCAGACUGGCCAUGGAAGAGCGGCAUCAUUCGGGCUGCCUCCCAUAAAGACGUGAGCUGUGACGAGUUGAAGGUCUGUGUGGAGUUUGAAGAUGAAUCCUGGGAGAACAGAUCAUGGAUUGAAAUAUUUGGGCCCCAAGUCCAAUUGUUCUUGGUUGAGCACAGCCUGGCAGUGGCUGAUCGCCAGUGUCCAAGUAACCCCUCGGUAUCUGUGCUUUGUCCAGCAAUGCAAUUUCAGCCGUUGGUGGCCAAAGUAUCUAUGGAACCCAUGACCUGCAUACAGUUUCUUGGGGACAAGAACAAAGUCUACAUGCAUACAGAAGUUGUGAAGCCUGUGCGGGAUCGGGACAGCUUGAAGCAGUUUAUGCAAGGAAACCGGACUUUUAACAAGGCUUUUCAGGAGCUGAUAAGAAAAAAUGUGGAUGAGAGCCGCAUAUUACAAGGUGCCAAGAAUUUAAUUGGGACAACUAUAAAGGUUUACAGCAUGAGUGAAGGAAUCCAGUGGUUCACUGCCACAGUGUUGAAUGCCAACGGAGGUUCUCGCACUCUGGAGAUUAAAUGUGAACAGGUUCCCAGUUUAACUGAUAUUGACCCAGCAUUAAUUCAUGUGGAGAUUAUGCACAACUAUGUGGAUAAAGUGAAGCCCAAGAGACCUCCAAAAAGGCCAACUUCGGAAGCACCUACAUUAAAGCCUAAGGCAAAACAGACCUGUGUUGAACCGGCACCUGUAAAGGAGCCUGCCCAGAAGCCAAGCUUCAUCACAUAUUCCAGAGAUGAUGGGAAGACAUUGGUAGUGGUGGACAACCCAAAGUCUUCAGGAAAUUCUCUUCUGAGCCUCAUCAAAACCGCUGACCAAGGAGUGAACCCAAUUGCAAAAACGGUCUCCAAGCAGUCUGUUCCAGUGGGAUUUGGAGAAGCAUUACUAGGAUGUACAGCUACAACUCCUGCAAGCCAAACACAGACAGCCCGUGCUACUCCACCACAAGCCAAUUCUCCACCAAACUUUGGUGCUGCCACACCUCCAGGGAAGUUUACCCAGAAUUUACCCAGUGAAACUUCUGUACUGAACGGGGAUGAGAACAACUUGUUCCUAAGUGUUGCAGCUUCUCAAGGCAAUAAGGGUCUUGGAUUUGGAUUGGAUGCGUCAGCUGGGCCCUUCUCGGGCGGAGGUUUUUCUUCCUGGGCCAGCAAAGCAAAUGGGGAAAACGGACUGAAAUCUGAAAACCUCUUUGCUGCAUUUACAAAACCAUCAACAGUUUUCCCUAAAGGCUUUGAGUUUUCAGUUGAGCGAUUUCCAGAGAAGAACACCUUGUCGGUGACUGAUUCUCCGCGGUUGGGAAGCUCCGAGGCUUGCAAGAACUUGACAUGGAAGCCGGAUAGUAAUCAGCGUCUGUUUAGCAAUACACUCCCAUCAACAGAAUCCAAGCCUGCCCCUAUUUUAUCGGCUGUAUCAACUGUUGCAGCUGAAAUUAAAAGCAAGCCACAAAAUAUAACUCCAGUGAUGCCAAAAAAAGUUGAAUCUUCACUUUCCAAGAGCCCUAGUAAAAAUGACGGGGUGACCUAUCCAAGAUCCAUACUAAUGGACCCACAAAAGCUGAAGAGACUCAUGUCAAAUGGGGACUGCUUCGUGCAGGAUGGUUCUUGUAAUGACAUUGCACCUCAUCUUCACAAGUGCAGAGAGUGCCGCCUGGACCGAUUUGGGAGAAGUAAGGAACAGAGAGAUGCCGCUGUUUUCUGCCGCUUCUUUCACUUUCGAAGGUUACACUUCAACAAGCACGGGAUACUGCGAGAAGGAGGCUUCCUGACUCCUAAUAAGUUUGACGCUGAAGCAAUAAACUUGUGGCUUCCAUUAAUCAGCAAUGUUAUAGACUUGGACCUAGACACAGCCAAAUAUAUCUUGGCCAAUGUCGGGGACCAUUUCUGCAAACUGGUCAUGUCUGAGAAAGAAGUGAUGGCAUCUGUAGACCCCAAAAAACAAGUAGCCUGGAAACGUGCUGUACGCGGUGUACGAGAAAUGUGCGAUGCUUGCGACACAACUAUCUUUAAUCUGCACUGGGUCUGUCCUAAAUGUGGAUUUGGAGUGUGCAUGGACUGUUACAGAAUGAAAAAGAAGAGUUUGAGUGAAGGCAAUGAUGGCAUUGAAACAUUCUCUUGGUUAAAAUGUGUGAAGGGUCAGUUACAUGAACCGGAAAAUCUAAUGCCAACACAAAUUGUUCCAGGAAAAGCACUGUACGAUGUGGGUGAUGUAGUUCACUCGGUCAGAGGGAAGUGGGGAAUAAAGUCAAAUUGCCCGUGUUCCAAUAGGAACCAAAAGCCUUUACCUAAACCAACUGUGAAAGAAGAUGCGAAACAGAGUUCUAGCACUGAAACCACAAAUGGAACUCUACCUGAGCAAAGUAAGCCUUCCACACAAGAUCCUUUACCCCCUAGUAGUAAACCGCCUUCAUCUUCAGGCUCUGGUCCUUUAAGUUGGCUGACAAACCUUCCCAACACAAAUGUCAACAAGGAAAACAAAGAUAACCCAUUCACAUCUAUGGUGAAGACAGAAAGUAAAACGCUACCCUCUUUUGCUAGUUUUGGGAAGCCAGCUGCCUCUCUACAGCCAUUCAGCACCUCCAUUCUCUCUCCUAUGAGCAGUAAUAGCUCUGGCUUUUUACGGAAUCUCCUCAAUUCUUCCAGCAUCAAGCAAGAAAGCAGUGAGAAGAGCACUCCGAAGCUCCUCGAUGACAUCUUUGCAUCACUGGUACAAACAAAACCUAUGACCGAACCCAUCAGAAGGCCACAGGGGCUUGCAGUCCAACCCAGCCUUAUGGGAUUCAAUACACCGCACUAUUGGUUGUGCGACAACAGAUUGCUCUGUCUACAAGACCCCAGCAAUAAAAGCAACUGGAACGUUUUCAGGGAGUGCUGGAAACAAGGCCAGCCUGUAAUGGUAUCCGGGAUCCACCAUAAAUUGAACGGAGAGCUUUGGAGGCCGGAAUCUUUCAGGAUAGAAUUUGGUGAGCAGGAGGUUGACCUGGUGAACUGCAGAACCAAUGACAUCAUCACAGGAGCCACUGUUGGCGACUUCUGGGAUGGCUUUGAAGAUAUUGCAAAACGCCUUAAAAAUGACCAAGGGGAGGCAAUGGUGCUGAAGUUAAAAGAUUGGCCUCCUGGUGAAGAUUUCAGAGAUAUGAUGCGCUCUCGGUUUGAUGAUCUCAUGAAUAACAUCCCACUGCCAGAAUACACUAGGAGGGAAGGCAGGCUAAAUCUUGCCUCUCGGCUUCCGACAUACUUUGUACGCCCUGAUCUUGGACCCAAAAUGUACAAUGCUUAUGGUUUAACUACACCAGAGGACCGAAAGUAUGGGACAACCAACCUCCACCUUGAUGUGUCGGAUGCUGCCAAUGUUAUGGUGUAUGUGGGAAUCCCAAAGGAUGAGGGUGAUCAGGAGCAAGAAGUGCUGAGGACUGUUCAAGAUGGAGAUGCCGAUGAACUGACCGUUAAGCGCUUUGUGGAGUUCAAAGAGAAGCCAGGAGCCUUAUGGCACAUCUAUGCAGCAAAGGACACUGAGAAGAUCCGGCAGUUCUUAAAAAAGGUGGCGGAGGAGCAGGGUCAGGAGAAUCCCCCAGAUCAUGAUCCAAUCCACGAUCAGAGCUGGUAUCUAGACAGCAUUCUGAGGAAGAGGCUUCUCCAGGAACACGGGGUUCAGGGCUGGGCCAUUGUACAGUUCCUGGGAGAUGCAGUCUUCAUUCCAGCUGGAGCCCCUCAUCAGGUGCACAACUUGUACAGCUGUAUAAAAGUUGCAGAAGACUUUGUAUCUCCGGAGCACGUCAAGCACUGUUUUUGUCUCACUCAGGAAUUCCGCUAUCUUUCCCACACACAUACAAACCACGAGGACAAGCUGCAGGUGAAGAACGUCAUCUACCACGCAGUGAAAGAUGCAGUGGCAGUUCUGAAAGCAAAUGAAGCCAGUAUCGGGAAAGUUUAACACCUUUUGGCCUCCAUACUGUAUAUCGAAUGGACUUCCUGUGGCAGCUGACCUAUGCCUAUCUAUAGUUCUAUGAAGCUUACCUCGUCACAGCACGUUCCCAAGGAAGUGUUUACAAUCCCUGGAAUAGUUUGGAGAUUGCAAAACGGACACACACUAGAUAAAGGUUCCGCUUUUUUUGGAGUUGCAUUGUCUUACUGCCGAUGAGAACUUUUCUCACCUGAGGUGUGAGGCCAGAAGACCUACAAGUCGGAAAACCAAAACUUUUUUUAGACUGUACAAAAUAUACCUCUGGUUUUUGGAGUCGCUCCAAAGACGCCCUGUAAAUUUGAUUUAAAUAUCCUUUUUCCCCUCUUAAUAUUUUGUGGGCUUAUAGGGAAGUUACUUUAUAGAAGGGGGUGGGGUGGGGGUUAUUUUUUUAUUUUUUUUUCUCAAGUUUUUUUUAAAUGAAUACUAUUGUAGCCAUGAUGCUCUGCUAGAAUGCGUGUUCUAAGUAAAAUGUAAAUAAGCAGGCUCUUAUAAUUUUACAUUGAUUUAGAACUAGCACUGAUGUGCCUGGAUUUGUGUAUUGAAUUGAUUUAGACCUAUUUUUUGUUCAAAUGUAUUUCUUUAAUUUAAUUAACAUUUCCUUUUGACUUAUUUACUUUUGACCAUUCAGAAGAAGGAAGGGUGGGAAAAUGGGCAAGCGACCUGGACAGUUACCAGGUUAUGGAGUACAUUGUAAUUUUUUUAUUACUUCAGUACUUAAACAAUGAAAAUAAAACAGUUAUUUGUGUU